CGCGCUUUUUGAGGCGGCUGCGCCUGAGUCGCGGCGGCGGCCUUUCGCACCGGCCGGCCCGGCGGAGGGGCCUUGGCAGCGCUUGGGAAUGGGGUGCUGGAGCUGUUGCUCUUGCUUCAUCGCGGGACUUGUCCCUUCUGGCAAGGCCGCGAUGUUUUUGGUCGCCGCCGCCGCCGCCGUUUAACCGCCGGGUAAAACGAGACCGCCGUCUGCGGCUGGCCGCGCAAGAGAACAGCCUUCGCCUUCCUCAGCCCCGGCGCCUUCCUCGGCUGCGGUGGCGAUGAGCGAGCGGCCGCGUCUUCAUCCAGAGAAGCGGGGAAGGCGCAGCUCUCCCUCGACCUUCGCCCGCCGGCGGCGCCGCCUCCUCCUCCGCCUCGCCAAGCUCAGCUCGCCGUAGACGCCGGCGAUGUGGAGCUCCGGGGCCGCCGCGUUGCAGCUGCUCUCGCGGGCGACCAAGCAAGCCUUCGCUCAGGGAGCCCGGCAAGACCUGAACCGCUGGCUGGAGCCUCUUGGAGCCGCGGGCGAGCCGACGGAAGCGGCGGGCAGAGGGGCGUCCGGCGAGCAGCUGCUGUUUGGGGAGCAGAACGGGCUGUAUCACUGCCCUCCGCCUCCUCCUUCUCAGGAAGCGUCGGUGGAGCUCCUGCUCUGCCAGCUGCCCGAAGCGGGACACGGUUUGGGGGAGAGCAGGACGUGGCACUGCUCGGGAUGCCUGCUGGGGACCUGCUGGUGCAAGAGUUGCCUGAGCGUGUGUUUCCUGGCGAUGUUGUGCUUCGCCUCGCUGGCCUUGGUGCGCCAGUACCUGCGGGACCUGAUGCUCUGGGCCGAGAGCUUGGACAGCCUGGCCGGCGUGCUUCUCUUCACCGUGGGCUUCAUCGUGGUGUCCUUCCCUUGCGGCUGGGGCUACAUCUUACUCAACGUGGCCGCCGGCUAUCUCUACGGCUUCGUGCUGGGCAUGGGUCUCAUGGUUCUGGGUGUCGUGAUCGGCACCUUCAUCUCCCACGUGGUUUGCAAGAAACUCCUGGCCCGAUGGGUGCAGGCUAGGAUCCAGGGUAGCGAGAAGCUCAGCGCCGUCAUCCGCGUUGUGGAAGGAGGAAGCGGCCUCAAGGUGGUGGCCUUGGCUAGACUUACACCGAUACCCUUUGGACUUCAAAAUGCACUCUUCUCUAUCACAGAUCUUUCACUACCAAACUACCUGAUGGCUUCUUCCAUUGGAUUACUUCCAACUCAACUUUUAAACUCCUACCUGGGAACUACCUUGCGCACUAUGGAAGAUGUUAUUGCGGAACAAAGUUUUAGCGGUUAUUUCAUUUUUAGUUUACAGAUUGUAAUAAGUAUAGGCCUCAUGUUCUAUGUUGUCCACCGAGCUCAAGUGGAAUUGAAUGCAGCCAUAGUUGCAUGUGAAAUUGAAAUGAAGACAUCACUUGUGAAAAGCAGUCAGACCAGCAGCAACAAUUCAACAUCUUGCAACAAGAGGACACUUGCAUUUUCUGGAGGAGGAAUCAACAUUGUGUGACUUCCUCUCAUUUUCUGCAGUAUUAUCUUAGGUUUGUUAAACUGGGUCAUUUAAUUUGUUGCUUACAACUGCUGGACUUUUCAGCAAAACUUAAAAUCCAAGUGGCUGGAAGAUGUACUGUGAUAAGAAGUACACGGCAGUUUUUAUAUAGUAAACUGGCUAAAUUUUUGUAGGGUUCAAUAGUAACUGUAAACAUAGAUGCAAAUCUGGCUGCACCUUUGUCUUUAUUAUCAUGACUUAUAGUCUGCACUUUAGACUUUGUUUGGUGUUUGCUUUUAUAAACUGAAGAAUACCCCGAUACAAUUUUCUUUCUGCUUAGCAUUAUUUAUAAGACUGACUAAUAAAUAGUAGAUCUUUAAUACUUAUAAAAAUGUAAAGUAUGCAACUUCAUGUACAGAACUCUUAAAUAUGUGUGUUUUUGAAACUCAGUGAAACCUUGAUCUAACAGUGCAAUUUGCAGAAUGGACUUUGCUCCUUCUGAAUGCUCAUGAAACUUCUAAUUACAUCAUUCCUGGUGAUUUAGCUAUCUGAGCAAAUACUUUAUUCUGCCACAAAUGAUGUAAUACUUGUUGAAAAUUACAGGCCUCGUUUAGAUUAUCUUGGAUGGAAAAUUCUUGUCCUUUAAUUGGAAGAAAAUCUAGAGAGAAAUUGAUUCGCUGCAUCUGAAGUCCAUUAAACAGGUAUCCACUAAAUUGAGGUUUCACUGUAUUUCUGGAAAAUAGAACCUUUUUUCAGAAUUGAGAACAAUCAAUGCAGGAAAAUCCCAUUUUUCAUAGCUGGGAGGAUAAGAUGAGCACUUCCUCAUGAGAAAGCUCUUCUGGAAUCCAGAGUAAUCUUCUUGUUUGUAACAGGUUAAAGGACAUCCCCAUACUUCUCUGGGGUUAUCCGCUUAAAGAAAGGGGAGAAUGUUUUUGCUAUUUUGGGAACUAUUUGGUUUCCUUACCUUGUUUUGUUAAAAAAUCUGAGAACUGAGAGAGAGAAAAAAACCCUUACAUAAAUCUUUAGUUGAAUGUAUUUUUGUAAGCCUCUGAACUGUUCUGGAGCCAUCAUAAAUGUUCAUAUAAGUUCAAAUCCUACAUUGUGGGACUGAAGUGCUCUUAUAAAACAUGUUAAGUUAUACUGUAUAAUAUGCAAAGUAAAAGAGAAACUACAGAGUACUUACAGAUUGUGGAAAAGAAUAGUGCGAAGGAGAAUUUGCAGGUGAAAUGCAAAUCUUUGAAUGGAUUUAUCCUUGUGAGUAACAACAAAAGGGCUCUUCCACUGUUUCUAACUAGCGGUGAAAAGAUUUUAGGAAACUGCAUCAGAUUUGCUUCAUUCUGCACUCUGUAACACGAGCAAAAUAGGUGGAAUAAACCUUUCUGAAAACAUAAUGAUACUAAUUAAUCAUGUGGCCUUUAUUUUUUAGAGAAGACUUUUUGGUUUUUCUUUCUUGAAAAGCUUUAAAAAUCCACACAAUUCCGCCCUGCAUAUAUUUUCUUCUGAUCAUAAAAUAAUGCUCUUAUAUAAGUUUUCUGCAGUAUUUUAAAAUUUGUAUCUAUGAGGAUGUGUCCCCUUUUUUUUCUUUUCUUUUUUAAAUUAAGAAAAAAUAGAUUUUCCAUCUUUAAAACAUUGACUAGGAAAUGGCAGAAAUGUCUUGAGGCUCAGGAAUCUGUAAACAUUUAAAAAAAAACAAUUUCAUAAAAUAAGUUGAAUUCUCUUAAGAAAAUCACUAACUUUGUUCUAUAGGUUUGAAUGAACUGGAAUAAGCAUAACUUGCUUAUGUGUAUUCAUAUCAUAAUUCUUUAUAGAUUGCAUAUUUGUAUGCCUGAAUGAGAAUUCACAAAGAUACUUCAUAGCAGUUUGAAUCAACUCAAAACUUUGAACUAAGUUUCAUUUUUGUCUGAACAAUAGAGUCCAUUUCUGGGCUCUUGCACUUUUGCAAUAUCCCUUCCAUUUCCUCCUAGUUUUUUGUCAUGGUGCAAUGAUCUGUGAAAGUUAUAGAUUCUUACAAUACAAAAUCUGGCCAUUGACUUCAACAAGUUUGCUUUGCAUUGAGGCAAAUAGUUUUCAAAUUUAUUGUGCAGAAUAAUCUGCUCGUACUCUACCAUAUUUGUUAAAUAGUUGAAUAGGUAACUAUGCCAUCUCCCCAUAUAGCUUAAAAUAUCACAAUAUUUCAAAUUUAGUGAUAAAUAUGGAACUAUUGGCAAGACCUUGUUUGGGAAAUUUGGUGUUGUUCUACAGUUGAAUUGUUUUUGUUACUUGAAAAUUGGAAGUUUGGCUAUUAUUUUAUGACACUUUGAUAGUGAAUGAUUGCUGAUCCCUUUAUUACUGUGGCUUUCAUUUGAAAAGUAAUACCAAUAGGCACUGUAACUUUAAUGUUACUUCACCCAAGAUUUUAUCAAUAUUUGUUAUUCUGUGAUCUCCUUUGUUAACAACAAUAAAGGAAUCUUUGUAAAGCUA